UAUCCGGGGUUUGUGAUCAAAUAAUCACGUGUUACCAGAUACGUACACUGCAGUGGCUUACAUCACAUUGCAACACAAAUUCAGUGUUUCACGCAUGUAUAACGCAAUAUCAAAAAAGGUUAAAAAUAGAAACAACGUAAUUUCAAUGGUUCCCGCCUACUACUAGUAUCCUAAGUUUGAUAUCAAUAACCGUCAUCUUGGUCCGUUCAUGUUAGAGGCCUCUUCUCUGUGUCUUUACUUGCUUCUUUUGUCUGCUGAAUUUCAUUCAAACAAUGUAGUCAGCGCGCAACAAGUUUUCGGUGUGGGGCCCGAAGGGGACAGGGCGACCCAAGUGGGCGGGGUCGUCACAGUGACUGACGGAGUGAUGGGCUUUGUUCGCCUUUUUGGCGACAGUCUGACGAAUGCGACGGUCAUGAAAUUGACGAAGAGUCCCAACAAGUGUACGGAGGAUCUCUCCACGCGUUUGGAGCUGACAGAAGUGACGAAUCAAACAGCUGUUGUGCAAAUCAACUCGGAGACACAUAAGGUCAUGACUGGCACCAAUUACAUAUGCCUGUCUGUAAGUGGCAGCACUGUCGGCACAGAGUCGCUGACGUACGAGCAUCAGGGUGAGGAGAAAUGGCUGAGAAUCGACGUCAUAGUUGAGACAUCCGGGCUAUUGCCGUUGGAAGUCCAGAUUCUAUUUAUCGUCGUUUGUAUGGUGUUGUCCGGGCUUUUCUCCGGUCUCAAUCUGGGAUUAAUGUCACUGGAUCCAACCGAGUUGAAGGUGGUGAUGAGAAGCGGGUCGAAGAGAGAGAAACAAUAUGCAGCCAAGAUCGAGCCGAUUCGUCGUCAUGGCAACUAUUUGCUUUGUACCCUGUUAUUGGGGAACGUUCUCGUUAACAGUACGUUUACCAUUCUCUUAGAUAAUUUGACAGGAUCGGGUAUUAUUGCAGUCAUAGCGUCGACUGCUGGGAUCGUCGUGAUGGGAGAGAUUAUCCCACAGUCGAUCUGUUCUCGAUAUGGAUUAGCAGUCGGUGCGUACACGGUGUGGUUGACUUGGAUAUUUAUGAUUAUUACGUUUCCUCUGUCGUAUCCCGUCAGUCGAAUUCUCGAUUGGAUCCUUGGAGACGAGAUCGGUCGCGUGUAUAACCGAACUCAACUGCUCGAGUUGGUUCGUGUGACGGGCCAGCAUACCGAUCUUGUUGAAGACGAGGUCGGUAUGUUAUCGGGCGUCCUUGGCUUUAAAACGAAAACCGUCUCGGACAUCAUGACAAAGAUUGAUGAUGCGUAUCUGUUGGAUGUUAACUCGGUUUUGGAUUUUCGGACUAUCUCUGAUAUACUGCAGCAUGGACACUCGAGAAUUCCCGUUUACAGAGACGAACGAAGCCAAAUUAUUGGUUUACUGUUUGCACGUGAUUUAUCGCUGUUGGAUCCCGAUGAUCGUAUUCCGUUGCAGACGAUCAUAAAGUAUUAUAAUCACGAGCUGUUAAGGGUGCCACAUGAUAUGUCGCUUGACAAGAUGUUGGAUGCUUUUAAGGAUGGAUCGGGGCAUAUGGCUGCAGUACAAGCGGUGAAUGAUUCGACUGAAGGAGAUCCAUUCUAUGAAACACUGGGCAUUGUGACGCUGGAAGACAUCAUUGAGGAAAUUAUUCAGUUUGAGAUUGUUGAUGAAAGUGACAUCAUCCUUGAUAAUAAAAGUCGAAAGCCUAUUGAUCGAGAGCCAAUGGAUUUAUCGUAUUUCCAGAAUCUGAACAGUGAUGCGUCUGAGGAAACACGGUUGUCCUCUCAACUGUUAUUGGCUGUAUUUCAGUUUCUAACAGCUGAAGUGAAGUUUUUCGGUUCUGACGUCAUUUCUGGUCACGUGCUAAGACGUCUCAUCAGUAAACCAGGGAUAGCAGAAGAGAUCUGUGUAAAUGACCACGAUGCUGCUUCCAGGUUUAUCUACCGCAAAGACCACGUUGCAAAUUUCUUUGUCCUUCUCCUACAGGGGAGAGCGAGAGUAACGAUUGGACAAGAAAAUCUUGCGUUUGAUGCCGGUCCUUUUUCCUACUUUGGUGUACAGGCACUUGCUCCAGUGUAUGAGUCUCGAGUAUUCUUGUCUAAACCGUCACCUAAGCCUUCCAGUACUCCUCACAUUCCUCGUUCGUAUUAUCCUGAUUUCUCUCUGGAGAUUGUUUCUGACGUGCAGUUGGUGCGUAUCACGCGCGCACAGUACAUUGCUGCUCUUAAAUCAACGGAAUUUGAGAUGACAGUAAAGGAUGAAAAAGAACAGGAAAGGUUUUUUCAGCAUGAGAUGGCACAGGCAGACGAGCAACGUCGACGAGACGAAGCUUCACGUACUAGUAGUCAGAAUAGUAGUAGACGAACAAGGAAAUGGUCAAAACAUGUAGAGGAAUCAUUGUCUCCUUCAACCGAUGAUGAGAUGUCUGACGAAAGAUCAAGUCCUCCGGUAAACGUGAAAUCAGGAAAGGUGCGCUUUGCUCCUAACGGAGACGUCGACUGCGUGAUAAGCACAACAAAUGAAACAACAAAGCCAGACUUUGGAGAAACGGAGCUCUGAAGUAGAAGCUCCGCAUAUGUAGAAGUUUUAUUACUGCAGGUAUUAGAUGUUGUUUAAGUUAAUUAAGAUGUUCUAUUCAACUGUACAUGGGCUAUUAUUAGUCUUGAAAGUUACUCAGAUUUAUCUUGUAAUUAGGACUUAUUUGUUGUGAGGUUAUUGUAUAGUAUGCGACUGUUGUUUAACGUGGACGCAUAUAGAACAUGUUAUUAGCUGUUUAUCUACUUUCCUAUUACAGGAAACUACAACAAUAUAUAUUGUAUGUUUUCUAGCGUUU